UAGAGGCUGUGGUCAGGUCGGUGCGGAUGAGCGACCUGCGGAGCCGGAAGGAGACCGAACCCGCCGGAGCACGGAGCCCUGCGCCGCUGGACUGCUGCGGAGGACUGGACAACGUGGACUACUCCAAGAUGGACUUCACGCUGAUGGAAGAACUCUUUAAGUACGUUGCCUUUCGGGACUCCAGCUUCUGUAUCGCCAUAAUUGCCAUCAUAUUCAACCCUCUCUUCUGGAAUGUGGUGGCGAGAUGGGAACAUCGUACACGGAGACUCUCCAGGCUCUUUGGCAGCCCGCGCCUCGGCUGCUACUGCCUGGGCCUCGUCAUCGUUUUGCUCAACGUCUACCGAAGCCACAGUAUGACUGUAGCGAUGAAGUCCCAGGCCAGGUGGGAUGUGAUGGACAGGUCCGAGGUCUUCUACACCGGGGGAGCUCUCAUGGGGCUGGGCACCUUACUGGUUGUCAGCAGCUUCCUUGCUCUGGGAUUCACUGGAACAUUCCUAGGUGAUUAUUUUGGCAUCCUUAUGGAAGAGAAGGUGACCGGAUUUCCCUUUAACGUUAUAGAAAACCCGAUGUACUGGGGCAGCACAGCCAACUACCUUGGCCUGGCACUCAUUGGUGCCAGUCCUGUUGGACUCGUCCUGACUGCCAUCGUCGCUGUGGUGUACAAGGUGGCAUUAAGAUUUGAGGGACCAUUCACCGAGCAGAUCUAUCAGGAGAGGAGUCAGCGCCGCAAGCAUGAAUGAUGGCCUCGCGGACGCUUCCUGAGAAAGUUCCCUCCACAGCUGCGUCCAGUUCAGCAUCAACUCUCAUCUCUCAUCUGGCCUUCGAAGCUCUACUGUGCACAGCAAUCAUAACAUCACAAAAGCCCAAAGCAUUCUGAAUAUGAUCUGGAACAGAAUAUUGGAACCAAUCCACCUUAAUAGAGACAAUACUUUUCAUAUUUAGAGUCAUUGGCACAGUUGGACUCGACCUUCAAACCACUGCCACCACAGUAGCUGACAGGUGGAAUCCUAGAAAAUACAUCAGUCAUCACCGUUAUGUUCUUCGGUAACUUUUGAAUCUUCACUUACUUCUUGCAGUUUAAGGAAUACAAAAAUGCUGUUCUAUUAUGUGAGUGACCCAGUGAUUUAAACAGCGUCUGUGAACCUGAUCAUUUUCCUAAAUGUUCCAAGUGUUGUGUGUUUUCUUUCCACAUGUUUUACUAUGUGGACACAAACAGCAUUUUGACUGGAGUUGUUAUUUUGGACAUUUUUGACAAUAUUUCAAGAUUUUUUCACUAGUUCAGUGAUUCCAACUCUAAAACAAUUAACUGGUGUUAAUUAUACAAAUGUGUUGUUAGUUACUUUUUUGUUGUAAUUACAUGAUUCAAUGUUCAAUAUUAAUUUUAACACAAUGUUGUUCAUUAUUCAUUCACCCUGAACCUGGUCCUGCUCGAGGUUUCUAGGUGUUCCUGGUCACUGUUAUACAAACGGGUAACUUCUCCUAAGAUGUUAUGAUAUAUAAAUGGGAUAGACUUGAUUAUCUCAUGAUAUAUGACAUGAAUCCUUUCAAAUGAUUGAAGACCUACACCAGUUACGGCUUUAUACUUUGUACCUAUGCAAACAAUUCUGAACUCAAGACACAUUGACAGAUGGUAUAUUGAUGGGAUGUUUUUUGUGGAAUAAAAGUUUUAGCAGCAA